CCGUUUUGCAACGACUGUCUCUCGACGCCUCUUCAGCCAGCGGUGCUUGCCUGCGGCAAUCAGCAAGUCAGCGGUUUCCUGGGACACCUGACAUUGUCCAGGAGCCUCCGUACUCUCUCUCUUCGAGAUGCUGUAUUCGUUGUAUCGCCAAAGAGCUGGAAUCGAGCUCUCUCGCCGCGAAGGACACCUGCUGUUGCUCGGCCCGCCAGAACGCUUAUCGAUUUCAACGUAGGAAAUUAUAAGGCCAGUAGAGGGAACUGUAGAGGAUCAGCAUGGCAAGGCUGUGUGACCUAAAUGGACAGAUGCUAUGUACUGGGCCCCACUGUCGUUUCCAGUUCUUUUGCUCUUUACGGCAAAUCGGGCCAUUGCCACUGUGUGGUCCUUUCUCGGAUCAGGAAGGCCAGUAAGAGGAAGUCCCGUUGUCUUUUUUGGCAGUGUCAUGCCGGUCCCCUGCGCCUAUAUAUCGAGAGCCAAUGCCGUUUCGCUCAAAAGUGUAGGUCUGACCACAGGAUUUGACAACUACAUUUUCCCUGCCGGUUGGGUUAAACACGAUAGUCCAUUGGUGGGAUUCCAUCUCUUUGUUAACCAGUGGUGUAUGCUCAAACCCAUUCUGAAUCCAUGCUCGAUUGGCACCGGAAUAGCCAUUCCAAGAAUUAACCGUAACUCUAUCGACAAAACAGAUGUUGAGAUCAUCCACUAUUCGGCAUGGCUGAAAAUUACACUAUUGGAGGAAAAUUGGAAUCGUUUCUAA